ACUGUCACUGUCUCAAACUGAGGUGGGUCUUUUUUUACACUCUCUCUCUACUCCUUUUACUCUUUACUCUCAGGACGCAAUGAGGUUAACAGCACUGUGCAUAUGUGGGACCCUGCUGGCCUUCUCAAGCCUCUCAUGGACCUCAGCAGACGCUGAUGAAGGAGACGUCCUGGGGGAUAAUGCAUUUCGACCCUGCGCUGCAACUCUGAGACCUGAGGGGCUGUGCAGACAGGGGCAGGAGGAGAGCACGUGCCCAUAUCUAUUCAGUCUACCGCCGCUGACUCUCCAUUUGCCAAAGCAACUCAGAGAGCUGGAGAAGAUCGUCACGGAUUUGCAAAAGCUGAAGGACAAUGUGGACCAACUGAGGAAGAUGUGUGCAGAUUGUACAGUAAGCCAAACUGAGAGAGAGUGUGGAAGGCAAAGAGAAAGAGGGCAUGAAAAGCUGAAUGAGGGUACGGAUAGACAUAAGGAUGAGAGAAACUGGCUGAAUGAGAGAAAUCCUAAGAGACCAAAAGAUUUCAGCCAGGAGUGUGGAACAGACAGUGUUAAAGCGGAAAAGACUAUGGAAGGAGAUGGUGACACUGACUCAGAAAAGAGAACAAUUUUGGAAGAGAAAGGGAGAAAGAAAUGGGAAGCAGAGAGAGAGAGCGAUAAAGUGGUCGUAAAAGAAAAUCAAAGAGAAGAAACCCUAAAAGUGGCAGAAAAAGAUGGAAAAACUAAGACAGAGGGGGCAAAACAAAAGGACAAACUGGAGCCGGCCAAGGUGCCAACUGCUGGUGGAAAUGAGAAGAUAGUGGAUAUGGUUAGAAAAAAGGUUGUUGAAAAAAAUAACAGGGAGACAGAGACAGACAGAAAAAAAGACAACAAUGGAAAAGGGAAUUCAAAGGGAGAUCCAGAGGAUACGUUGGAAAAUGGAAAAGAGAGGAAGAUUACAAGUAAUGUAAAAAAUAAGGAGAAAACAGAAGAAAGUGACCAUCACGUGUGGCAAGAUGAAACAAAGGAAACAGAGAAAAACACCCAAACUGAAGAAGACAGGGGCAGUGAUGGUAUAAAGAUGUCUGAGGGCCAUGAUGAGCAUACAAAUCAGGAGCGAGAGCAGCACAGGGAGGAGAGGAAAAAGGAAAUGGAAAAGGGAAUAAAAGUGGAGCGAAAUAAUGAGAAACCAAAACAGACUGAAAGUAUCGGGCAUGCAGAAAAAGAGAAGACCAUAAAAGAGGGGGAGGUGGAGGAUGGGGAGACGGGAACGGAGAUCAAAACAGAAGGAGAAAAAACAGUCCAGAGUGUGCAGAGAGACAGUGAUGGAGAAUUAGCAUCCAGCAAGGCAACUGAGAGGACAGACUUUGUUUCAAUCAGCCCAACUGCUCAAUCUAUCAUUAGUUUAGCUCCAAGGCAGGACGCCAUGGACUCAAACGAAGUUAUAACCUUUACAUCAUCUCUUCCGUCUCCUUUUUUGUCCAGCUCAACUUUACAUUUAAUAACAGAUGUCAAUCAAGGUAUGACAAUAGUUGCUGACGGACUACCAACCCAAAGCACAGGCUUUGGAGCAGCAGUUAUUUCUGAGCAUCCAAGCCCUGAUGCAGAGGAAGAUUUUAGGGCCACAAGUAGCCCAACAACAACAGCCACAUUAAACACAUUGGGUGGUCCUGGACAACAGAUAACCAGUGCCACUUCAAGGUUCACUUCUACAACCAGUGCAAGACCUGAUGCAGACUUCCAGGGUCGAGUUAGCUCAACUACAGCAACUACAACCACCACAACUCCCCGUCAGAAUUUAUACACAACUACAUCCCCAGGAGUUGCAGACCGCAGCCGUUGGACAGCUAAAAAGAACAUCAGCUCAAACACUAAGACUGGCGUGAAACCUCUACCAGGCCGAGAACCAAAGCCCAGUGAAAAGCAUAAACCUGCAAUUAAGCCUGAAGCAGACCAAAGGCUUAAAAAUCCUAGGAAUGAUCGUAAACCUGUCCGAGCUCCUUUGCCUGACAAAAAAACUAAACUUGACCAAAAGUCUAAACCUGGCAAAGACCCUAAACAAGUCCAGAUUCCAACACCUGAGCAAAGACCUCUACUUAGUCAUUUACCAACUGAUCAAAAUCUGAAAAACAAUCAAAUACCUAAACAUGACCAAGAACAUACAGCUGACCAAAGCCAGUUACCUAUUCAAAAGCCAACAACUCAAAAACCUCAAACUGUAAACCCAACUGGUUCUGACAAAGACCUUCAAACUGGCCGAGAGCCUGAAUCUGUUGAAAUCCCAAUUACUUCCCAAAACUCAAAACUUGAGAAAAAACUAGUUCAUCUUCUCAAAUCCGACAAGCCUGACCAACCACAAAAAACUAAACCUGACCAAAGGUCUACAAUAAAUCAAUAUUUCCCACCUGUUCAAAAGCCUGAACCUGAAAGAAGUGAAACAACUAGCCUCCCGCCAACACCUAACCAAAAGCCUAUAACAGAAUUAAUGGAAUAUGCUGAUGAAAAUCCUUUGUCUGUCAACGACUCAACACCUAACCAAAAGCCUAUAACAGAAUUAAUGGAAUAUGCUGAUGAAAAUCCUUUGUCUGUCAACGACUCAACACCUGAACAAGAGGUUACACCUGGCCGUCUCCUGAUCAAACCCCCUGAUCAAAAGCCUAAACCCAGCCAGAAAAUCCCUAAAAUAAACCAAAAGCCUAAACCUAACCAAAAACAUCCAGAUCUCACAACAGGCCAAAAGACUAAACCACAUGUGAAACCUAAACCUGACCAAACAGCACAAACCAAUCAAGGGCUUAUAACACCUCAGCCUGACCAAAUGCCUGAUCUUAACCCCAAAUCUGUGCCUGACAAAAUUCCUGAAGCAGAAUCCAACAAAACAUCCAAACUGAGGCCUCCACCCAUACGCAGGCCACCAACCAGGUCUACAGUCAGACCUACAGUCAGGCCAGGAGCAACACCUAUUCAAAGACCUAAACCAGCAGUGCAACAAAAGCCAAGUCCAAAGACCAAAGCAGAUUUAGAUCCCCUUCAAAUCAACGGGACUAAAUCAGAAGACAUCCAAAACUCUCAAAUCGACAUGCCACCUGUAUCAAGCCCUGGAACACAGAUUGCUGAAGUUAGUCAUUCCCCAGGGGACACAGAGUUCAGUCCCCGCACUGAAAGAAGUGAAACAACUAGCCUCACGCCAACACCUAACCAAAAGCCUAUAACAGAAUUAAUGGAAUAUGCUGAUGAAAAUCCUUUGUCUGUCAACGACUUAACACCUGAACAAGAGGUUACACCUGACCGUCCCCUGAUCAAUCCCCCUGAUCAAAAGCCUAAACCCAGCCAGAAUAUCCCUAAAAUAAACCAAAAGUCUAAACCUAACCAAAAACAUCCAGAUCUCACAACAAGCCAAAAGACUAAACCACAUGUGAAGCCUAAACCUGACCAAACAGCACAAACCAAUCAAGGGCUUAUAACACCUCAGCCUGACCAAAUGCCUGAUCUUAACCCCAAAUCUGUGCCUGACAAAAUUCCUGAAGCAGAAUCCAACAAAACAUCCAAACUGAGGCCUCCACCCAUACGCAGGCCACCAACCAGGUCUACAGUCAGACCUACAGUCAGGCCAGGAGCAACACCUAUUCAAAGACCUAAACCAGCAGUGCAACAAAAGCCAAGUCCAAAGACCAAAGCAGAUUUAGAUCCCCUUCAAAUCAACGGGACUAAAUCAGAAGACAUCCAAAACUCUCAAAUCGACAUGCCACCUGUAUCAAGCCCUGGAACACAGAUUGCUGAAGUUAGUCAUUCCCCAGGGGACACAGAGUUCAGUCCCCGCACUGAAAGAAGUGAAACAACUAGCCUCACGCCAACACCUAACCAAAAGCCUAUAACAGAAUUAAUGGAAUAUGCUGAUGAAAAUCCUUUGUCUGUCAACGACUUAACACCUGAACAAGAGGUUACACCUGACCGUCCCCUGAUCAAUCCCCCUGAUCAAAAGCCUAAACCCAGCCAGAAUAUCCCUAAAAUAAACCAAAAGUCUAAACCUAACCAAAAACAUCCAGAUCUCACAACAAGCCAAAAGACUAAACCACAUGUGAAGCCUAAACCUGACCAAACAGCACAAACCAAUCAAGGGCUUAUAACACCUCAGCCUGACCAAAUGCCUGAUCUUAACCCCAAAUCUGCGCCUGACAAAAUUCCUGAAGCAGAAUCCAACAAAACAUCCAAACCGAGGCCUCCACCCAUACGCAGGCCACCAACCAGGCCUACAGUCAGGCCAGGAGCAACACCUGUUCAAAUGCCAAAACCAGCAGUGCAACAAAAGCCAAGUCCAAAGACCAAAGCAGAUUUAGAUCCCCUUCAAACCAGCGAGACUAAAUCAGAAGACAUCCAAAACUCUCAAACUGACAUGCCACCUGCAUUAAGCCCUGGAAGACAGAUUGCUGAAGUUAGUCAUUCCCCAGGGGACACAGAGUUCAGUCCCAUCACAAUGCAAACUAUCACUUUGGGUCCGAAGACCUCCAACAGCAUGGAGACUGGACCCUUCCCUCGCCUUCACACACUCUCCGAAGGCUUCACGAUGAGCCAAAACAGUAGGAUUACGUCUGAUCUGAGGCCACAAACCACCAGUCGACCACCAUCGAUCCCAAUGACAACAAGCCCCCAAAAAAGUGUUAUCCCUAGCAUUAGUCCAGGAUCUGAUUCCCGCUCACAAGCUAAGAUACUUCACAAUGUGGAGGAAACAGCACCCAGACAAACUCCAGAUCCAGACAAAAUGAUGAUUCCAGUCCCUACCCCCAGUGCCCAAACUACCUCCACAAACAGCCCUGACCUCAGGUCAACAACCCCUGCCACCUCUGGCCCCGAGCCCCUGGCUGCUGAGUCUUCCACUCCCAGUGCACGAGAGCUGCGUGUGAAAAUCAACCAGGUGGCUGCUUUCUUCAAUAACAGCCUGAGUCCAAAUCGAAGACCACCGGACAGGCGUACAAAAGAGCACCCAGAGGACAACCAGGGAGGCAGCAGGCCUGACAGCAAACUACCAACACUGAUAACAUCUAAAGUUAACACAGCUAGCGACUGCUCCAACCACCUACUCAGGGGGGAGACAAAAAGCGGAGUGUAUCUGGUGACCCCUGACCUCCGCAGCAAAAGCUUCCCUGUCUUCUGUGACAUGGAGCUGGAUGGAGGAGGGUGGACGCUCCUGCAGCGCCGACAAGACGGCAGCGUGAGCUUCAACCGCACCUGGGCUGAGUACCGGUCAGGCUUCGGGGAGCUGGACGGAGGGGAGUUUUGGUUGGGCAACAAUAUGAUCCACCUGCUGACCCGGGACAGGGAUAUGGUGCUGCGGGUGGAGCUGGAGGACUUUAACGGGGUGAUGGAGUAUGCAGAGUACGAACAGUUCAGAGUGGCAAGUGAAAGGAUGCGCUACAGACUGACUGUAGGCGGUUACUCGGGUACUGCAGGUGAUGCUCUCCGCUUUAGCAGAAGUUAUGAUCACAACAACAGGGCGUUCACCACGCCGGAUAGGGACCACGACCGCUAUCCAUCCGGGAACUGUGGCGCCUACUACAGCUCCGGCUGGUGGUUUGAUGCCUGCAUGGCUGCAAACCUCAACGGCAGAUACUAUGUGGGGAGUUACAGGGGAGUCCGGGAUGGGAUUUUCUGGGGGACGUGGCACAACAUAUCUAAUGAGUAUUACCCCACCAAUGACAGACAGUCUUUUAAAGCUGUCACAAUGAUGAUCCGACCAAAGGGCUUUACACCAUGAGCUGUGGCUGUCUACCAGGGCAUGUUUGAAAAGAAACAUAAGGGGUCUAACUACUAACUUCAACCAUAAGCUCCUAACAUGCUCCUUAUAAUUUAAUAAAACCUAGCAGGCUACAUCUUCCACACCACACGGUUAUUUGUACACUAUUAACACAAUGCUGCCGCCUUGUGGCGUUUGAUUCUGCAAUACUGAUUUGUUAACAGGAUAGCCUAUGACUGCGGAUGUACACACGGUAGUACAAGGUUAUAGUCCUAAUUACAUAGUAUCUUUUUUUCAUAACCUUUUAAUAUUAAUGUCUUUUUUUGAGAGUGGAAUUUGUUUAAUGACAAGAGAGGGAAAUCCUCUUGUGAAGAGUUUUUUUUUCCAGUAAAUAUGACGGGUAUGUAGCAACAGAGUAUGAUAUUUUUUAUUAUUGGAGUACUGGAAAGCCUGUUGAUGGUUGAUUGAAGCUGUAUGGGUUGUUUUAUAAUUAAGAUUGUUUUUGUCAAGAUAAAUAAAAUUGUUGAAUAUAA